AUGCGGAUUUUACCACCAACUGAUGACACUGAGAACAACAGACCGUCUUUUUUGCACGGUCAUUUACAUAACGCAAUUGGGGCUGAAGAGGCAAUCACAAGCAUACAACACCAUGCAUACAAUCCAUACACAAAUUCAUUCAACAACAACGAUGAGAUCCGCAUAGUGAUCCAACAUCAAGAUCUCUAUGUAUUGCCGCAUGAAAGUUACAUCUACAUUGAAGGAAGAGUUUUGGUAGAUACAGCAGCUGCUGACGCUGAAGCGGCAGCAAGGGAAGUACCAAAUUUCGUAAAUAAUGCAGCCGGUUUUCUGUUUGAUGAAAUACGCUACGAACUCAAUGGAUUCCCGAUUGAUUGUUGCAAAAAUGUUGGUAUCACAUCAACACUCAAAGGGUACGCAUCAUAUAAACCAUCCAGCAUGAAUCGAUUACAUAUGGCCGGAUGGAAGAAAGAAUCAAACCAACCAGGCAGCGCUGGAUAUAUAAAUUUCUGUAUACCACUAAAAAGCAUUUUCGGAUUUGCCGAAGACUACCGCAACAUCAUAAUGAAUGCAAAACAUGAGUUGAUUUUGUUGCGCAGUCGAUCUGACAUCAAUUGUUUUGUUGUUGCCAAUAAUCUUUCCACAAUCCAAAUUGAUAAGAUUCAGUGGCGCAUUCCGCACAUCAACGUAGCAGACGCAGCCAAGAUAAAACUGCUCAAAGUGCUUGAUCGACAGCAACCGAUUCUCCUACACUUUCGCACAUGGGAGCUCUUCGAAUAUCCAGUACUACCAACCAUAAAUAAUCACAUUUGGAGUGUGAAAGCUAGUUCAUCAUUGAAUACACCCAGAUACAUAAUGGUGGCAUUCCAAACGAACCGCAACAACCGUAUUGAGGCCGAUAAGAGUCGCUAUGAUCACUGUGCUCUGAGCUAUUUAAAGACAAUUUAAAUCGAUUUAUUGUCAAAGAAUUUGCAUUAAUAACAACAAAUAUCAAGUUUCACGACAUCAUCAAGUCACCAGCUUGGGUAACCUUGGAUAAAGAACAUCGAAAACAAACAAAAUGGCUAACGGAAAAUUACCAUGGACUCGAUUGGGAUAGUGGAAAUAUUAGUUUAACAGAGCUGCGCAAAAUAAUUCAACCGCUUUUAUUCAAGAAAAUUGUUUACCUCAAAGGCAAAGAGAAAAUCGAAUGGUUCCGCCAUAUUUUGGGAUAUGACAGAGCAAACGGCGUAAAAACAAAAAUAUGUGAAAGUAUCAACAUGGAAACAAUGGAGUGUAUGAUAAAUCUACACAAAAAAGACACAAGCACACCGAAUAAGUAUCACGCAUGCAGAAAUCAUCGAUAUUUGAAGAAUAAAAAAAAUCCGAAAUGUCACUGCGCAAUGGAAAAUGUUCUGAUUUCAAAUGAUUGGUAUAUUCAAAAACAAAAGCAAAAGUAAUUGUAUACAUUGGUUGUAAAUAAAAAAAACCACACGGUCUAAAAACCGAAGUUUGCACGAAAUCGUUUUUUUGUCUACAAGAAAAUAUUGUGAAAUACCCAAUGAAUAUUUCCGCAGUAUUUCUGUGAGUAUAUAUAGGAGUCAAAGCCCAUACAUUUCUUUAGAUUGAAUUCAGACUUGAAAGUAAAAACAUCAGUCUCCACAA